GGCUGGUGAAGGUGAAUCGAUUGUCUCUGUGGAAUUUGAUAUUUUGCAUUAUGGGGAUUUAUAAUCAUAAACAAAUUUUGACAAAAAUGAAUUGAUAAGUGAAUACUCCUCAGCCUGCAGUCAAAAGAUCGCCCAUUCAGAUUGGCCUACAUUUGGUUUGAGACUAAUCUGUUUUGUGUACCCAUAGAUAGCACACUUCUGAUUUUGUCAAAUCUUUCCACUCGCACUUGAGGACGAUGCCCGUUAUCGACGUAUUGUUACUCAACGUGAACUAAAUAAAUCGAUCAAUCAUCGUAGACGUCAAGAGAACCACUUGUUCGGACAGAAAUUGGCCAUCGCCUAACGGUUUCGUCAGUCUUUUGCAGUCGCAACAUGGGUCAGCACAACGCAGACGAACUCCAGGCGCCAAGCUGGUUGAACAACCAAUUCCUUCUGGAGGUCAUCCGAAAGGCGCAAAACGACCAAUCGCUAACGCUCUGCCAUGGAUGUAAACUACGGCCAGGAACCAAUGCUGGAGACCACUACGCCAGCAUUAUGUUCCGGACGACGGUCCACUACCGGUCAGCACGAUACCACAAAGAGCAAGCGAUAAGUCUGAUUAUGAAACUCCCUGCGCAGGCUGAGGGUUUCAAAAAAGACCUGCUCGAAGGAAACGGUUUGUUCGAAACGGAAAUGAGAAUGUACAGCGAAGUGCUUCCGGCGAUGUCCAAGGCUUUGAAGGAAGUCGGAGAACAUUUGGAGGUUCCCAGAUUGAUCCACGCGUCUCACAAACCUCAUACGAUUAUUAUCCUCGAAGACGUAUCACCAAAGGCUUGGCUCACUGGCCGGGAGCUCAUCACCAGCUAUGAGGAAGCACUACCCACAAUCAGAAACGUAGCGAAAUUCCAUGCGGCGUCAUACUUUCUGAACCAAUCGUCGAUGGAUCUAUCGAAAAACUGCAUCGAUAUGUUCACAAAAGCAGAUGGCGGCGCCUUCUCCAUAUUCUACAAGAGUUUUGAUGCCUUCUGUGACGCUGUCCAGGGAUGGGCCGAUUGCGAAAAGUUUGCUGCAAAGUUUCAAAAUCUCAAAGGAACUACACAGAAAAAGAUCCAACAGGUUUACACAGCGAACGCCAAAGACUCCGGAUACAACGUUCUCAACCAUGCCGAUUUGCACUGGAAGAACUUGCUGCACAAGAAAUCGCCGAACGGCCGAAUCAAGGACUCGAUGCUGAUCGAUUACCAAUGCUGUCACUGGGGAUCGCCGGCCAUCGACGUUAUCAGUUUGGUGGAUUUGGUAGUGGAUCACGAAACGAAGAAAACCUACCGCAAGGAAAUCAUCUACGAGUAUUACCAACACUUUGUCCUGAUUUUGAACAAGCUCGGGUUCUUGGGCUGUGUUCCGACGCUGGCUGAUUUGCACAUGGAAUUGUUGAAGAAGGGGUACUUGGAGGUGUUCCAUGUGGUUGUGUUUGAGCAGUUCAAACAUGUUCAGUUGACCGAAAAUACAUUCGACGAUCUGAGCAAAGGUCGUGGUGAAAAUCCUGGCUUCGGGAAUGAAUCAUACUUGGAAGUUGUUCGCGCUGAGAUGCCAUCGUUGAUGUACAAAGGAUUAUUGGAUUGAUUUACCAAAUGAAAGGAAGUUUGUUCCGCGUAUUUCUGACAAAAAAGCCAAAACGAUACAUUCCCUAAUAGUUUAUAAUAUAUUAGUGUUAGAAGA